CAGAUAAUAUAAAAUUUUAAAAACGCUUGGUGUGAAUUCGUACUCAGGUGUUCUUUACAGCGGUUGUUCAAAUGAGACGUAGCCUUUACGGAAUAUCUAGAUAGCAACGGACACUUCUGAAGCAAAUAUUACGUAUAAGUAAUUCGUAUCAUAAUUUAAAAAAAUCUGAAGGAAGCUGAACUAAUUAGACUGGCUAAUUACAUCCACCAACAAUGAUUAUUAUAUCGUCGAUAUUAUCUAUCUUUAUCAUAUUGGUAUAUAAUUAUUAUCGACGAAAUGGACGACUUAUCAAUCGUAUACCAGGUCCACCAGGUUAUCCGAUAACUGAAAAUUUUUUGAACCUUCUAAGUUAUUCACGAGAAGAACAAUUGAAGUUUGUGAUGAAUCUACAUGAUCAAUACUAUCCUAUUUAUAAAAUUUGGGGAAUUUAUUUUCCGAUUGUAUUUAUACGUCAUCCAGAUGAUCUGAAGACAAUAUUAAGCAGUCCAAAGCACAUCAGCAAGAAAACUAUGAUUUAUAAGAUUUUAUAUCCUUGGUUGCGAACUGGUCUUUUUACUAGUUCAGGUAACGUGUAUAUAAGAACAAUGAUUAUGUUUUUGCUAUCAAGUUUUCAUUACAUUGGUAACAAAAACCUGCGUGUAAAAAUAAAUUUAAAUAUUAGAUAUUUUAAAUAAUAAAUUAUAUAAAAAAGUUAAAUUUCUUCAAUAUAGUGAUAAGUGUGACAGUAUAAUGUAAACUUCGAAAAAAUUGUAUCAGAUUGAAAAAAAUGAGACCUUAGUGUCAUCUUAAAUA